AGAGCAGGGGCUGGAGAGGAAAUGAGCAGCACUUGAGCGAAGCCUCUAACUCCUCUCUGCGCUCUGGGUUGUCAUUUUUUUUUCUUUCCCCACCCCCUUCCCUCUGGCUCCGGGCUCUGAAAAGCCAGGCCUUGCGGGAGUCUGUCCGGAGUUGCAAAGUGACCUCGUCCUCCUCCGGGUGCAGCCCGUUCUCUCCCGCCGCCCACCUUCCUUGCUUGUGCACUCGUUUUAGCGACGCAGCCGCCUCUGCCACCUACCCCGCGUUCCCGCGUCUCCUCGACUCUGGGGUCUCCCUCUUUUGGUAACUUGCCGUAGGAUGAACUAAGAGAAGAGGACCCAACACUGGUCAGCAUGGAGAGACGUUUCCCAGUUUCCAAGAUGCAAAACUCAUCCUCACCAUUGGAAAAGCAAACUGGCCCAGCAAAUGGGAAUGGGGAUCUUGAUUCAGAGGAAGGUUCCGGCCUGGAGGAAAAUGGCUUUAGCUGGGGAGACUAUUUGGAAGAAACAGGCACCAGGGCGGCGCCACACUCAUCCUUCAGGCAUGUGGAAAUCAGCAUUCAGAGUAACUUCCAGCCGGGAAUGAAGUUGGAGGUGGCCAAUAAGAACAAUCCGGACACUUACUGGGUGGCCACCAUCAUCACCACCUGUGGACAGCUGCUGCUUCUGCGUUACUGUGGUUAUGGGGAGGACCGAAGGGCUGACUUCUGGUGUGACGUGAUCAUAGCAGAUCUGCACCCUGUGGGGUGGUGCACACAGAACAACAAGGUGUUGAUGCCCCCGGAUGCAAUCAAAGAGAAGUACGCGGACUGGACAGAAUUCCUCAUUCGUGAUUUGACUGGUUCUCGGACAGCACCUGCAAACCUCCUGGAAGGUCCUCUGCGAGGGAAAGGCCCUAUAGACCUCAUUACAGUUGAUUCCUUACUAGAGCUGCAGGACUCCCAGAACCCCUUUCAGUACUGGAUAGUUAGUGUGAUUGAAAAUGUCGGAGGAAGAUUACGCCUUCGCUAUGUGGGAUUGGAGGACACUGAAUCCUAUGACCAGUGGUUGUUUUACUUGGAUUACAGACUUCGACCAGUUGGUUGGUGUCAAGAGAAUAAAUACAGAAUGGAUCCACCUUCAGGUAAGAGCUGACACUUUUCCUUUGUG